UGCCAAUAUGACGAUGCCUAUAAUAAAGACAGAACAAAUAAAGGCAGGAUCAUGCAGAUCAGAUGUUUAUGGAUCAUUUAAAGCACUCAACGUACCAGGAGAAUGGAAGCUUUUGGAGAUUGAAGCAGCAGGAAAGCAUUUUUUAAAAUACGCACAAAAAAAACUUGGUCGACAAGCAUGGGAUAAAAAUGAGAAUGAACUAGAAGAAAAGCAAAAAGAAGAAAAAAAAUCAGAAGUAUAUGAUGAAGAAGAAGAUGAAGAAAUUCUUCGUUAUGAUCCAAAAGAAUAUAAACAACAAGAUCAUUAUGCUGUUUUAGGACUCUCAAAGCUUCGAUAUAAAGCAACUAUAGAAGAUAUCAAACAAGGAUAUCGUCAGAAAGUAUUAAAACAUCAUCCAGACAAAAAAGCCACACAAAACAAUACACAUGACGAUUCUUUCUUUAAAUGUAUCCAAAAAGCCAUGGAAAUCCUAUCAGAUCCAAUUAAAAGACGACAAUACGAUUCUAUUGAUGAAAAAGCUAAUGUCUUUCCACCUUCAAAAAAAGAAACAGUAAACUUUUACGAACAAUGGGGCAAAGUAUUUGAAAGCGAAGCAAGAUUUUCGAACCAACAUCCCGUUCCCACCCUAGGAGACGAACAUUCUAGCAAAAAAGACGUGGAAGAAUUCUAUAAUUUUUGGUAUAAUUUUGAUUCAUGGAGAUCUUUUGAAUAUCUAGACAAAGAUACACCUGAUGAUUCAUAUAAUCGUAAUAACAAAAGAUAUCAGGAACAUAAAAAUAGAGCAGAACGAGCAAAACGUAAAACAGAAGAUACUGCACGUCUUAGGAGGUUAAUAGAUGACUGCUUAAGCCUUGAUCCACGCAUCAAAAAAUUCAGACAAGAAGAAAAAGCAGCCAAAGCAGCAAAAAAACAUGAACAUAAAAUAAAUAUGCAAAAAACACCAGAAAAAACAGAUAAAGAAGAACAAGAGAAGAAAGGAAAAGAAGAAGCAGCAAAAGAAUUACAGAAAGAAGAAAAAAAAGCUAAAGAAAUUCAAAAGAAAACUAUGAAAAAGACUAAAAAAAUUAUCAAACAGUCAUUAAAAACAGCAAAUUAUUUCUAUGCUGGUGAAAACACGCCCCCAGAUAUAAUCGACAAAGUACUAACUGAUGCGGAAUUAAUUAUACAAAAAGCAUCUUCAGAUUUGACGACAUUUACAAAGGAAUUAGAAAAUGUAACCAAAAUAGAAAACAUUGAAACAAUUUUUAAAACAUACAUAAAAAAACUUUUAGAAGAAAAAGUGAUUCAGGUAUCCGAUUUAAAAAUACUAUCUAUUUAAAUGUAUGGUUAGACACUUAUAAAAAAAGCU